CAAAAACUACGCCCUAAUGGCAUACACUAUCUUUAACUAAACAAAAUUUCUUAGUUCAAACAAAUUAAUUCGUUAUUAGACUAACAGAAGUUGUUCGAAAAUGGAUACAGAAAAAGUUGAAUCGAAAAAUGAAAAUCCAAAAAAAGAUGCAGGUUUUAUCAAUAAACUAUUUUUCGGAUGGAUGAUAUCGUUGAUGAGAAAACGAAGAGAAAUUAACCUAGAAUUGCACGAUUUUUAUGAUGUUUUCGACGAAGACGAUUCCAAGGUAUUGGGAAAUCGUUUACAAAAAAACUGGAAAUCGGAAAUCGUCAAAAGUCAACAAUCGAAAAGAAAACCCAGUUUAUUGAAAGCUAUCGUCAAAACUUUCCUAUUCGAGGUUAUGUUCUACGGAAUUUUCUGCUUCUUUUCGAACGUUUUAAUACGAUGUACCCAACCUUUGAUCUUGGCGCGUCUCAUUUCUUUAUUUGGGGAAGAAUUUAACGAAAAAAACGCCGAAAAAAUGUAUUUUUACAGCACCAUGUUGAUAGUAACGUCAAUUUUGACAGCUUUUAUGUCAAAUCAUAUCGAGCUCGGGCUGUCAGCGAUCGGUAUGAGGAUUCGAAUAGCGUGCAGUAGUUUGUUAUAUCGAAAAGUGAUUAGAUUGGAUUAUAAAUCGUUAGAAGUAGCGGCAGUCGAUCGAGUUGUUGAUUUACUAUCGAAUGACGUUAAUCGAUUCGAUUUCGUGAUUAAACCGAUUCAUUCAUUUUGGACUAUCCCCGUACAAAUUUUGGUUUUGACUUAUUUCGUUUGGGAACAAGUUGGGUUUUCAUGUUUGGCCGGCGUUGCGACCAUGAUAAUCAUUACUUUUACUUUACAAGGUUAUGUAUCAAAACUUAUGGGUAACCUAAGAUCGAAAAUUUCGCAAAGAACCGACGAAAGAGUGAAAUUAAUGACGGAAAUAAUAUCGGGGAUACAACUAAUCAAGAUAAACGGUUGGGAAAAACGUUUCGAAUCGCUGGUGGACUGCGCAAGAAAGAAGGAAAUGAUCGCGAUCACUGCCGCGUCAUAUUUGAGAGGGGCAGUUUCCAGCUGUUUCGUUUUUCUAGAAAAAACGGCUCUGGCUCUAACUAUCAUAUGUUACGUUGGCUCAGGCCACCGAAUAACCGCGGAAAAAGUAUUUUCCAUUGCUCAAGCGUACGGUAUUCUCCACACAUCUUUGUCAGUUCUGCUCCCCGAGGCGAUGACCCGCCGUUCCGAAACGUCGACAUCCGUCGAACGUCUCCGAGAUUUUCUGCUUCUGGACGAAAAACCCCACGGCGCCAUCGAACCAAUGAUCAAAACCGGGAUCAUCGUGACCGAAGUAGACGCGUCGUGGUCUAACCAAACCAAUAUUCUGACGGAUCUAUCCGUACAAAUCCCACGGGGGUGUCUGUGCGCCGUAACAGGCCCCACCGGUGCCGGAAAAUCUUCUCUAUUACACCUUCUUCUAGGGGAGCUGCCCGCCAAAUCGGGAAGGAUCCAAUUGGGGGGACACGUAUCGUAUUGCUCCCAAGAAGCUUGGUUGUCGAAUUCGACGGUUCGCGGCAACAUUACGUUCGGAAAUCCAUACGACGAUCGUUGCUACGAUAAAAUCGUUAAAGUUUGCGACCUGGGGGUGGAUUUCGAACGUCUACCUCGAGGGGAUCGAACAGUUUGCGACGAACCAGGAGUGUCUUUGAGCGGAGGACAACGCGCCAAGAUCCAUUUAGCUAGAGCCGUUUACAAACAAGCGGAUAUCUACUUAUUGGACGAUCCCCUAUCGGCCGUUGAUGCUCGAGCUGGAAAAUUGUUGUUCGAAGAAUGUAUUUUGAAAUAUUUGAAAGGAAAAACGAGAAUUUUAGUGACGCGUCAACUGGAACAUUUGAAGGCGGCCGAUUUCGUCGUGGUGCUUAACGAAGGAAAAAUCGAAGCGACGGGAACUUUCCGAGAACUAUGCAAAAGUAAAAUAGAUUUCACUGAAAUGUUAGUUAAAAAAAGCGCAAAGUCGGAAAAAUAUGAAAAACCAACGGACAUUGAAGUUACUACUAACUUUCCAAGCAACAAAAAUUUUAUAUCUAAGAGUAAAAAUAAAUAUUACCACGGAAAAUCUCGUUUAAAACCAUAUAAUGGUGAAGAUGUCGUAAAUAAUGGCGGUGUUAAUAGGGCCGAUAUCGUAAAAAAUAAGAAAGAUGUCGUAAAACAUGUAGAAGAUGUAGUAAAUAACGGUAACAUUGUAAAAUAUAAGGCAGAUAUCGUAAAACAUGAAAACGACGUUGUAAAACAAAAGGAAGAUGUCGUAAAACAUAUAGAAGAUGUAGUAAAUAACGGUAACAUGGUAAAAUAUAAGGCAGAUAUCGUAAAACAUGAAAACGACGUUGUAAAACAAAAGGAAGAUGUCGUAAAACAUAUAGAAGAUGUAGUAAAUAACGGUAACAUGGUAAAAUAUAAGGCAGAUAUGGUAAAACAUGAAAACGACGUUGUAAAACAAAAGGAAGAUGUAGUAAAACAAAAGGAAGAUGUAGUAAAACAAAAGGAAGAUGUAGUAAAUAAUGGUAACAUUGUAAAAUAUAAGACAGAUAUCGUAAAACAUGAAAAUAACGUUGUAAAACAAAAGGAAGAUGUAGUAAAUAAUGGUAACAUUGUAAAAUAUAAGGCAGAUAUCGUAAAACAUGAAAACGACGUUGUAAAACAGAAGGAAGAUGUAGUAAAAGUAAAGGAAGAUGUAGUAAAUAACGGUAACAUUGUAAAAUAUAAGGCAGAUAUCGUAAAACAUGAAAACGACGUUGUAAAACAGAAGGAAGAUGUAGUAAAAGUAAAGGAAGAUGUAGUAAAUAACGGUAAUAUGGUAGAAGAUAAGGCAGAUAUCGUAAAACAAAAAAUAGACGUCGUAAAUAACAGUAACAUGGUAAAAUAUAAAGCAGAGAUGGUAAAACAUAGAGAAGAUAUCGUAAAAGGAAAGGAAGAUGUCGUAAAACAGAAGGAAGAUAUCGUAAAACAAACGGGAGAUGUAAUAAAUAAUGGUAAUAUGGUGAAAUGUAAGGCAGAUAUCGUAAAACAUAAAAACGACAUCCUAAAACAAAAGGAAGUUGUAGCAAAUAACGGUAACGUGGCAAAAGAUAAAGCAGAUAUUGUAAAACAUAAAGAAGAUAUCGUAAAACAUAAAAACGACAUCGUAAAACAAAAGGAAGUUGUAGUAAAUAACAGUAAUAUGAUAGAAGAUAAGGCAGAUAUCGAAAAAGUAAAGGAAGAUAUCGUAAAACGUGAAGAAGAUGUAGAAAAUAGCAAUGAUAUAUGGGAAGAUAAGGCCGAUAAGGUAAAAUAUAAGGAAGAUAUCGUAAAAAAUAAUGAAAAUAUGGCAAAUAAUGGUGAAGUAGUGAAAGAUAAGGCAGAUGUUGUAAAAUAUGAGGACGAUGUCGUAGAAGAUAAGGAAGAUAUCGUAAAAAAUAAGGAAGAUAUGGCAAAUAAUGGUAAUAUAAUAAAAGAUAAGGCAGAUAUUGUAAAAUAUGAGGAAGAUAUCGUAGAAGAUAAGGAAGAUAUCGUAAAAAAUAAUGAAAAUAUGGCAAAUAAUGGUGAUGUAGUGAAAGAUAAGGCAGAUGUUGUAAAAUAUGAGGACGAUGUCGUAGAAGAUAAGGAAGAUAUCGUAAAAAAUAAUGAAAAUAUGACAAAUAAUGGUAAUAUAAUAAAAGAUAAGGCAGAUGUUGUAAAAUAUGAGGAAGAUAUCGUAGAAGAUAAGGAAGAUAUCGUAAAAAAUAAGGAAGAUAUGACAAAUAAUGGUAAUAUAGUGAAAGAUAACAAUGAUAUAGUGAAUAAUGAUGGAGAUGGUAUCCUAAAUGAUUAUAAUAAAAAUAAAGGCAAGAAUUAUCUACUCAAAAAGUACGUUUUAGCUGCUAAGCGUGUUGAAAUCGCCAUUGUUACUUUACUCCUGUUCUUAUUGACGCAAAUAUUAAGCUCGGGCGUGGAUCUGUGGGUUACAUUCUGGACGUCGCAAGAGGAGCUAAGACAUCAAAAUACAUCGAUAACGUUGAACGUAUCUUCCUCGAUGUCCCGUUACCAUCCCGAAGAAUACGCGGUGCGAGUUUUUUACGUGAACGGCAAACAUUCGAUGGGCAAAUACGGUUACAGCUACCAAGAAACGAUUCCGGUGUUGAAAACAAUCGCGCCUCGUGCAUCAGACGGUGUUUUCGAUACGGUGGAAAUAAACGGGGUGGCGCACGAUUUGGUAAAGACUAAUUUAGCCGCGAUUCUGUACGCUCUUCUGAUGAUUAUGGUCAUCGUGUUAACUUUGGUUAGAUCGUGGUUGUUCUUCAAAGUUUGUAUGAUGUCAUCGAUGAAUAUGCACAAGGAGAUGUUCGAUUCUUUGAUGGAAGCUCCCUUGGAAUUCUUCGAUACCGAUUCUGGUGGAAAAACCAUCGGCGAAUCUUCCAAAGAUACUGGGUCUACAAAAGAGGUUAGGUCCAAAGUUUCUAUGACACCUCAACAGACGACUUUUAGCAACAGUAGUAAACCUGAUAGUUUUUCCAAAGAAACUGGGUCUUUUAAUGGGGUUUUGUCCAAGGUUUCGAUGGGUUCACAACAGACGACUUUUAGCAACAGUAGUAAACCUGAUAAUUUUUCCAAAGAAACUGGGUCUUUUAAUGGGGUUUUGUCCAAGGUUUCGAUGGGUUCACAACAGACGACUUUUAGCAACAGUAGUAAACCUGAUAAUUUUUCCAAAGAAACUGGGUCUUUUAAUGGGGUUUUGUCCAAGGUUUCGAUGGGUUCACAACAGACGACUUUUAGCAACAGUAGUAAACCUGAUAAUUUUUCCAAAGAAACUGGGUCUUUUAAUGGGGUUUUGUCCAAGGUUUCGAUGGGUUCACAACAGACGACUUUUAGCAACAGUAGUAAACCUGAUAAUUUUUCCAAAGAAACUGGGUCUUUUAAUGGGGUUUUGUCCAAGGUUUCGAUGGGUUCACAACAGACGACUUUUAGCAACAGUAGUAAACCUGAUAAUUUUUCCAAAGAAACUGGGUCUUUUAAUGGGGUUUUGUCCAAGGUUUCGAUGGGUUCACAACAGACGACUUUUAGCAACAGUAGUAAACCUGAUAAUUUUUCCAAAGAAACUGGGUCUUUUAAUGGGGUUUUGUCCAAGGUUUCGAUGGGUUCACAACAGAUUACUAAUAAGAGCGAAGAAAUACUCAAUAGAUUCUCCAAAGAUACUGGAUCCGUUGACGAAGUUUUACCUAGAGUUUUGAUGGAUUCAAUACAAGUUAUGUUAACUUUAGGAGGAAUUUUCGUCAAUCUAUUAUAUUCCAACCCUUAUUACAUUGUUGCUAUGCUUCUACUGGGAACUGUUUUUGUAAAAUUCGGAAAUUUAUAUACGUCCACCGCCGAAAUAUUUAAACGUCUAGAAAACAAAACAAAAUACCCCAUGAUUUCCCACAUAACCUCUUCCAUUAAUGGGAUCGUCACCAUAAGAGCCUCAAAAGCAGAAUCUAUGUUAACAGAUAAAUUCGACGUACAUCAAAACCUCCAUGCGUCUGCUUCGUAUUUGAAGAUAUCGAGCGCUUCCGCUUUCGGACUUUGGCUCGACCUAAUUUGCGUCGUACAACUCACGGUCAUCAUUUUGAGUUUCCUGAUAUUACAUAAAUAUACGGAUGUCAACGGAAGCUUGGUGGGUCUGGCGAUUUCUCAAUCGAUGAUUUUGGGGGCGGCGUUGCGAUACGGCCUAAAACGAACGGCUGAAACUAAAAAUCGAUUAACGAGUGUCGAAAAGGUCCUCCAGUACACCGAAAUCAAAAACGAAAAACCGUCCGAAACCCAAAAAGAAUUUUUUCCUCCCGAAUCCUGGCCUGGAAGAGGGAAAAUUGAAUUCAGAAACAUAUUUUUGAAACGUUCUGAUGACGAUUUGGGGGUGUUGCGGAAUAUCAACUUCACAAUAUUACCAGGGGAGAAGAUCGGUAUUGUCGGACGAACCGGAGCGGGUAAAACCUCCUUAAUAUCGGUUUUAUUUCGAUUGGUUCGUUUCGACGGUUCCGUUUUAAUAGAUGACGUCGAUACCAAACAAAUCGGACGGGAAUUGAUAAGAAAAAAAAUUUCUAUCAUACCCCGAGAACCUAUUUUAUUUUCGUCGACGAUAAGAUAUAACUUGGACCCUUAUAACGAAUAUAACGAUGAGGAAAUGUGGAAAGCACUCGAACAGGUUGAAUUGAGUAAUUGCGUAAGCUCUUUGGAUCUUAAAGUUUCCGAAGAUGGAAGUAACUUCAGUUUAGGACAGAAGCAGUUGAUCUAUUUAGCCAGAGCUUUAUUGAGAAACAACAAAAUUUUGAUUCUGGACGAAGCUACAGCUAAUGUCGAUCACAGAACCGACGCUUUAAUACAAGCUACUAUACGCAACAGAUUCAAAAAUUGUACAGUCAUAACUAUAGCUCAUAGAUUAAACACCAUCAUGGAAUAUAAUAAAGUAAUGGUAAUGAGUGAUGGUAAAUUUGUCGAAAUCGGUCAUCCUCAUCAAUUGUUAGAUAACAAUAAAGGACAUUUUCAUAAAUUGGUUUUGGAAACGGGUCCGGAAAUGUCGUCGAAGUUAAAGGAAGUUGCUAUGAUGACUUAUUAUGAAGAUUAUACACAUUGUUUUUAUAUUAAGUGAUUUUAUUGUUUUUAUAUAGUUUUCUACGAAACUGUUAUUUUUAACUACAGCCACCUCUACAUAUAAUUUUCAAUAUAAUUGUUUUUAUAAUAACGUUACGACAAAUAUAUAUAAAAUAUGCUAUUAUACAUAUUUAUGAAUAAUGUAACAAUAAUAAAUAA